GCUAUUGCUUUAUCUUCUUUUCCUGAUGAAUGGAAGGUUGCUGGAGUGAUGCCCAUAUAUAAAAAUGGCCAGCGUAGUAUUCCUGGAAACUACAGACCAAUAUCAGUUUUACCGGCCAUUAGUAAAAUUAUGGAACGGAUAUUGUAUGAUCAACUGUAUAACUAUUUAACAAAAUUUGAGCUUUUCAGUGAUUCCCAAUUUGGAUUUCGAAAAUUUCACUCUACAGCUAGUGCACUACUAGACUGUACUAAUGAUUGGUAUGUAAAUCUAGACAGAAAAAUGUUUAACCUAGUAGUUUUAAUUGAUUUGAAGAAAGCCUUUGAUACUGUUGAUCAUCAAAUUCUGCUGAACAAAUUAGAGCUCUAUGGAAUAAAAGGACAAGCUCUAACUUUGCUCAAAUCCUAUCUCACAAACAGAAGUGCCAAAUAA